AUGGUCUGCACGUUUGGAAAUCCCUGGUAUUCUCAAUGCGUCCCAGGAAACCUCGACGAGCCUCUCCCUGGUGUCCCCGAUGUACCCAUCGUGACCGAAACUCAGCGCACCACCGUGACAGUAGGGGGUCCGCAACCGACAGUCGUAACCACAUAUAUAACCUAUCUUACGCCAGCACCUACCUCGCCUCCAACUGCGCCGCCGCCUCUCCAACCGACCGUGACGGUCAUUGGUGGCGUGACGUACACAUUCGUCCCCGAUGCUCCUUACACCCCCCCUCCUCUGCCUCCCCAGAAGCAUGUUCGUGAACCCACGGCCGUAGCGCCCCGGGCACCAACCCCGACGACGUUACAAAAGGGGCAGUACUGGAUCCGGGCGGUCGCAUCACCGAACUUCCACAAAUAUCUGCAGACCAAGCCCGCCAACGAGCCCGGGACGGCACUGAUUGAGGACUAUCGGACGGCGGGUCAGUUCAACAUUGUAGACGGCCAGCUGGUGGAGAGCUCGGGCGGCAACCCCUUAUACAUGAACGUCGAGAAGCCAGACGACUUCACGCAGCGGGCACUGGCAACCUGGUUCAACACCACCAAGAACACAUUCGGCACGUUUGCGUUCCAGGGCGACGCCGUGACGUGGAGCACACCGGAGGUGAAGCGCCAGAACCUGGCUGCUUGGCUUGUGUGCAAGGGGCAGGCUCUGUUCAUCAACACGGGUGCGUAUGCGUACCAAACACCGGCAGGAUGUGCAGACCAGACGAUUCACUACUAUAACGGAGAUACUGCCAACAACUAA